ACCCGCGGCCGCCAGGGAACUCACCCAGCCCCGCGUUCCGCUCGUUGCCGCCGCCCGCGCUCGCGCCGCCCCGCAUCCCGGUCGCCAGUUCAGGAGACAAAGACACAGCCUCCCGCAAUGUCCUACAGACGAGAGCUGGAGAAAUAUCGAGACCUGGAUGAGGAUGAAAUCCUGGGGGCCCUCACAGAGGAGGAGCUCAGGACGCUGGAAAACGAGCUGGAUGAGCUAGACCCUGAUAAUGCACUGCUCCCUGCAGGCCUGAGGCAGAAGGAUCAGACCACCAAGGCACCCACAGGCCCCUUUAAAAGAGAGGAGCUUUUGGACCACUUGGAAAAGCAAGCGAAGGAAUUUAAGGACCGAGAAGACCUGGUUCCCUACACAGGGGAGAAACGAGGAAAGAUCUGGGUUCCCAAACAGAAGCCAAUGGAUCCCGUGCUGGAGAGCGUGACACUGGAGCCGGAACUGGAGGAGGCCCUAGCAAAUGCCUCGGAUGCGGAACUGUGUGACAUUGCAGCUAUUCUGGGCAUGCACACGCUCAUGAGCAACCAGCAGUACUACCAAGCCUUGGGCAGCAGCUCCAUCGUGAACAAGGAGGGGCUCAACAGUGUGAUCAAACCCACACAGUACAAGCCUGUGCCUGAUGAAGAACCAAAUUCAACAGAUGUAGAGGAAACGCUGGAGAGGAUAAAGAACAAUGACCCAGAACUUGAAGAGGUUAAUCUUAACAACAUCCGGAAUAUUCCCAUACCCACUCUCAAGGCGUACGCGGAAGCCCUGAAAGAGAACUCCUACGUGAAGAAGUUCAGCAUCGUGGGGACCCGCAGCAAUGACCCUGUGGCAUUUGCUCUUGCUGAAAUGCUGAAGGUGAACAAGGUGUUGAAGACGCUGAACGUUGAGUCCAACUUCAUCUCCGGAGCUGGGAUCCUGCGCCUGGUGGAAGCCCUCCCCCACAACACUUCUCUGGUCGAACUGAAAAUCGACAACCAGAGCCAGCCUUUGGGCAACAAAGUGGAAAUGGAGAUCGUGAACAUGUUGGAGAAAAACACAACACUCCUUAAAUUUGGCUACCACUUUACCCAGCAGGGGCCCCGGCUGCGGGCAUCCAACGCCAUGAUGAACAACAACGACCUUGUGAGGAAGAGGAGGCUCGCAGACCUGACGGGGCCUAUUAUUCCCAAGUGCCGCAGCGGUGUCUAGUGCGCAAAGGGACGCCCACGCCUAUGAACUGGACGUGUUCUACCGAUAACGUGUGUUCCCCAGUGGAGACCAGGAGGCAAAUGUUGGCGUGGAACUCUUGUGGUUCAGUUCUUUGUGCACUAAGGUUUAGGGUAACUAGUGACUGUAGUUGGACCUUUUAUAAAAUAUGGUUAAUGUGAAGGUUUUCUUUAGUCACAGAAGUUCAGUCUGAUAAUUAUUUAAAAAUGCAGAAGCCCUCAGGCUGGCAGGCCUUGCUGCAGACAGCGUGACACUGGCAGAGACAGCCCAGGGGCCCUUGGUGGCCGUGCUUUGGUGCUUAGGUGCACUUACAACAUGAAUGCAUCAGCACACAACACUUCCCACCUAGUUUGGAAGCAUGGUGAAACAAUUUAUUUCAGAUUUGAGCAUAGCAGCUCAGUAAAAGAACAUAGAUUCAUGAUUUUUCAACCCCACUUGAAACAUUAACAUCAAGAUUAAAGCUGCCAAAUUGAUUCCAGGAUCAAGUCCCCACCCCCUAAGAAUGAAAGACAAGCCCCAGAAUUUUCUAAGAAUCAGAAAGACACAGGAUUCCUUCUGCCAGGUAAGAGAAAGGGGGAGAAAAAGGCAAUGGUGGAAUUGAGUUUCAAAACCUACCACACCAAGCAACAGACAUGAAUGCUAUGUGAACACCUGAGAGGUUCUCAUCUGUAGUCAGAAAUCAUUUCUUCUUUAUUGAAUGCCAACUUCAUGAUGGAUGAAAACUUACAACCACAUAAAAACAUCUUCCAAUACCGCAGUGAGCCAACGGCUUAUGUGAGAUCAACACCAUUGGGUGAAUUUCCAGUCCACCAUGCCUGUGGUAUUUAGCAUGGCCCUGCUUACAGACACCAAGUGCCUGCCUGGUCACUUAGGAGACAAAUCAAAUCACACAGGAAGCCUCUGAAGGACAGCAGAGUACAACAUCCCAAUGGUAAGGAAUUAGGAGAUCCUGGACAUACAACACAAGGAAUUACUCUGAAACCUAAUCUUGGCAUUCCUACUGGAUCCCUUUAACACCAUGGGAGCCAGUAAAAAUGUUAAAAUACACUGUUCUUGUGCCUUUUAAUAGACCACAGUGCCAGUUAAACUAGUACUUUUGUUGCUUUGGGGAGUGUUUUCCUUAGGGAUUCAGCCGAUAUGACAGUGAUGGCUCAAAAGCUGCAGAGCACAGCCAGGGGCUUCUGACCUGAGACCUGCACACCGGACUGUAAGGCCAUGGACAGCACAGGGUAACUAGAGUGGCAUCGGGGCCUCAGCACUGUGAGUGGCCACUGAGGCUGCACACAGGCCCAGGAGUGGCACCAAGCUGCAGGGACAGCCAGCUCCACUCAGCUUCUCCUUGAAACACAACUGCAGCUGCAUUCUGCAUCACUGGAAACUGCAAAAUAAUAUUAAAGCCAUUUGGUGUAUGU